UCCUCCUCCUCCUCCUCCUGUACUGGAUUGAGAAGUAUAUCAAGUCAUUAAGAAGAAAAUUAAGAUAUAGAGAAAACGGAGAGAGAGAAAAAGAGAGAGAAAGCCGAGAAAAGAAAACGAGGGCAUUUCUCAACACAUCCAAAACAAUAAGUGACGUGGAAAUGAAGAAGAAAAAGGACAAAAGGAAAUGAAAGAAGAAAGAGAGAGAGAGAGAGAAAGAGAAAGAAGUGUCAUCAUCACCACCACCACCACCAUCACCAUCAUCAUCAUCAUCAUCAUCGUCUCUUUGUGUCCGUUAAACAGUACCAGUGAAAGUGACGUCAUAUCUGGAAAGUGAAAGAAAAGAAAGGACUGAAAGAAAAGAAAAAAAAUCGUUCUGUUUCGUUUUCUUUUUCAUAUUACAACGUUCACUUUCUAUAUCUAUGGUUGUGCAUCAUUGGAACACAGGUGCCGGGAUGUGCGUGAGUCGUGCUGGAGGCGUGGUGGGCGUGGUGGGGGCCGCCCUUAUCCUCCUGGGCCUUCUGCAGGUGGUGGCUGGCACGUACUUCAUGCUGGCGCUGCCCAUCUUUCAGCUUGGUUCAAACUUGUGGACAGGAUCGUGGUCUGUGGUGUGCGGGCUGGUUGUGGGCGUGCUGGCGUGGCGCGGGCGUGCACUGAGGAGAGGACAGGUGGUGUUGGUGGCGACCCUCAGUGUUCUGGUGGCUAAUGUGGCAAAUCUGGUCAUCCUUCAGGUCGGGGAGAAGAGCGAGUUCCUGACGGAGGCUAACAGGCGGACCAUCGUGAGGGAGAACCAGGAGCACCAGCUGAGGAUAGCGCUGUGGCUGACGACGGUGGUGUCAGCGGUGGGCAUCUGCGUCAGCUUCCUGGGGGCGCAGUACCUGUUCUGCGCCGUGGUGCGGGGCCCCAGGGUGAAGGGGCGGAUGCCGGUCACCAGGUCCUUAUCUGACGAGGACCUACAGAGGCCCCAGGAGCCGCAGGACUCCACGCCGUCGCUGGAGGACGUGGUUGCGUUGCCUGACCCGGCCCGCUCCUCUGCCUGGGUGUACAACCCUGAGGAGGACAAGGGUCCCGCCCCUCUGGGUCCUCCGGGGCUGGACCUACUGUGGGACUGUCCUGACGGUCCCCGCAGGCUUCCUGCCGCCCGCCACGCCUCCUUUGCCACCGCCAGGUUCGCCCGCGUGCACCAGCGGCCACAAAGGGCGCAGAGCUUCGUGGUGAGGAGGGACUUGUUGCUGAGUGCCGCAGAGGGCCGCCCCGCCAUGGCCCCCGCCCCAGUCAGGUGCCCCGAGCUGCCAGGGACGCGCACCUGCCCGCGUUACGCCAAGCCUAACGUGCGUCGCAUCUACAGGUCUAACUCCGUGACAGACAAGACCCUGCUGGGAGAGGCUGCCGCCGCCGCGGCCGAAGCAGGAGCCGCCCUCAGCCGCAGGUUCCACGCAGGCUCCCUGGACGACCUGGACGCGGGGCCCGUCAUCGAGGUGGGCAUGGCGAGGGAGGUGAGUCGCUCCGAGCACACGCUGGCCACCUGCAGGACCUCUUUCUGCCACGCGCCGUCCACCGAGGACGAGGACGAAGAGGAGGACGAGGUGGAGGAGACCACCGUGCCUGUCAUCCACCGCUCCGCCACCAGCGUGAAGGACAACCAGCUGGAGAGCAAGACUGUCCUCUCCUCCUUCAACCCCGUCAGCGGCCACGCCCCUCCCCGCCUCACCAAACAGAAGGGCCCCGCCCCACUCCCUCCCACCAAACCCAAGCCACCCCCGCCCCCCGCCGCUCCGUCGCAGGAUGACCAAGGCCCGUCAGGUCCCACCAAGCCGCCGGACGAAGGAAUCGAGUUCAGCGAUGAAGAGAAGGAAGCGGAAACACGCGCCCCUCUGCCUGCCAUAGAAGAGAACAAUAGCAGCAGCAGCACCAGCACCAGCACGAGCAUCACCAGCAGCAGCAGCCGUAAGCGUCCCGCCCCGCAGCCCCGCUCUUCCCUUCCUACAACCUCGCUGCCUUUCGAGGCCGAGGGAGAGACAGCCUCGGAGGUGUCUCGUGAACCUCCCCCGCCGCCGCCACCGCCGCCGUCACUGACCAAGAAGGCUAUGCCUCCCAAAAUUCCUCGCCCUGAGAUAGUGAAGCCGCCGCGCCCUUCCGUUGCUGACAAGAUCCUCCGUGCUGGUGGGGCUGGCGUGGGUGGCGGCCGCCCACCCCCUGCACGAUGUCGCGGUGAGGGCGAGGAGGCAGCCACUCUGCGGCGCCUGGAGGAGGUACUAACGGGCAUCCUGGACCGCGGCGCCGCACCGCCGCUCCGAGCCACGCGGUCUGAGGAGAAUUUGAUGGAGAGUUUGAGGGCGGCGGGUCAGGAGGCAAGGACACCCAAGGGCAUCCUGAAGAACGGUCCUGUCAAACCAAGCCGCUACGAGCAGGAACACCGCGAGGCCCUGCAGGACUCCCGCGCCUUGCUGGAGCAGCUGCCGCGCGGCGAACUGCAGCGGCACAAAAUUGUACUGCGGGUGCCGUCCUUCAGAACGGCGGGGUGCCAAACGGAAGCCUCCAGACCUCUGCGGCGCCGCGCAUCCUGCGCCCAGACAGGAUUUAGCACCGCACCAAGGCUGAGGGACGCAGCAGCCACCACCACCGUCACUCCCGCCCCACCCAUCACAACCUCCUCUUCUUCCUCUUCCUCUUCCCGCUCCUCCCUGACAGAUCGCUCAAGAAAGAAGUCCUCCCCGGCCCUCGAGUCUUCGUCCUCGUCGUCAGGAUACUCGAGCCCCGAGGUGAGCAGCAAGGCUGCCUCACCCUCCCACUCCGGGCCGCCUUCGCCUGCAUCCUCCUCGGUGGGCGUGAGCGACGAGGAGGAGCGGCGGCGGCGGCGUUCGACGGACACCAAUGUGACGGUGAUCGAAGUGAACAAGAGUGCCGGCGAUCCCCCGCCGCGCCGUCCCGCGCUGUGGCAAGGUCUGGAUACUGUGCCUCCUCCGCGGCCCCCCAAACCCUUCCGUCUGCGGCCGCUGUCUGACGCGGGCACGCUCCUGAGUAAUCCCGGCGGCCUGCUGGUGCCCGUGCCGCGGCGCGCGUCGCAACUCUACGAGGACGUGUUCGGGCUGGCGGCGCUCACUGAGAACGUGAUGCUGCUGACGGAGGCCAUCAACCCAGUGUUGGUGCACACCCGUGGCAGCGACGCAGCUGCAACGCCGGCCCCCUUCCUCCAGGAGUCCCCCGUCGCGCCAAGAGUGGUAGACGUGAUCCCCAAAGCCGUGAACUCCAAGCUGUGGGACGGACGCACAAUCUACGCGCCGCGGCCCCGCCCCGCGCUCCGCACCCACAGCCUGUCCCUGCCCCGCCCCGCGCUACACCCACGCCCACCCCCUCCACGACUCAUCAGGAGGGUAGCCGAGCACCCCAACGACGAGAGGGAGAAGGAGGAGGAGCGGGUUGGCGUGACGCCUGAGUCCACCGCGGCGUACCUGGCCUCGCUGGAACUGCUAGCCUCCCACUACCGCCACCAGGCACUCGCCAACGCCAAGCAACUACAACUGCAACAGCGACUUCUCCUGCAGCAGCAAAGGCAACAACAACAACAGACCACUCAAGAUUCAACUCAGACUGAAUAUUUCGAGGAGGAGGAAGAAGGGGAAGAGGACGAGAAGGAGGAUAUAAUAGAGAAAGAUGUGAAAGGGAAGAAGAAAACCUCUCCUGCACGAGUCCUCUCCGAGCCUUACCUGGCGUCACCUGUGAAGGAUGACAGUGAAUGCUAGUGAGGAGGAGGAGGAUAGUAAACAAUCACUAAACCAAAUCAAACCAAAACCAAACCAAAAACAUUUAUAGGAUAUGUACUCAUAAUUCCAAACCAAAAACAUUUAUAGGAUAUGUAAUCUUAAUUCCACAAACAUUACACCCUGAAAGAAAACCGAACUUUCCUGAGAGUCAACACGUACACACAACUUAAACUUGACCUUUUCUCAGUAUCAAACUUUUCUCAGUAUCAAACUUUUCAGUGAAGGAGUUUUGAUGAAAGGAAAACAGGAGAAUAAAAGGAAAAGAUAGUAGUGAACGUUCUUGCUUGAAAAACGAGAAGUAAUAAGUUUUCCCUCUUUAGAUAAUCAAGAAACAUUCCAAAAGUUUUCCUUCCUAACGAGUGUGUGAAGAGUGCCUUAGAAAAUAUUAAAGAGAGAAUCCUAAAAAAGUGAUUAGAAUAUAUAAAUAAAUUGUCAGGAAGAAUGCUAAGAAAGAGGAAAAACAACAGUGACGAUUAAAAUAUAUCUAAAAAAUGUCAGGAAGAAUGUUAUAAAGAAAAAAAACAGUUACGAUUGAAAUAUAUAGAAAAAAUAUUAGAGAGUGUUAAAAAGAAAACAAUAGUUACGAUUAAAAUAUAUAAAUAAAUUUUCAGGAAGAAUGC